GACCCGCGCCAAGACCGAAAGCUGCGGGCGGCAGCAGAGGAGAAGGCUUCAAGGAAGCAAAGCAAAGGGGAGCUCACCAGCUGGAUGCCGACUCCAGAAUCCGGCCAAAGGAUCAGAACUUUUGCGAGCAGAGCUGAGAGCGGCCCUCCUCCCCCCUCAAGCCCUCACGCAGCACCCAGCUUUGCCUUUCCCGCCGCGCACAUGUUAGUGGGAGUUGCUAGCAGCAGCAGGUGCAGAAAGGCGGGGUUGUCUUGCGGUCUAGAACUGUGAGGAAUACAAGCGCUGUACCGCAAACGAGAGCCUAGCGUGAAAGUGGAGGAAUUCGGAGAUAACCAGGACCACGCAAAGAUCAUACACAGUAGAAGCGUUGCUUUUCUGAGCAAGCCUCCUGCUAACAAGGACUGAGUUCUGCCCAGAAAACUUCCCACCUUCUGUGUGGCAGGAUCUGAAGCCUCAGGAGUCCGCAAGACUCUGCAGCAAAGAGGUGUGUGUGUGUGUGUGUGUGUGUGUGUGUGUGUGUGUGUGCCUGUAAAGAAGCCAGGACUUUGCUGCUUUGCCCCAAAAUGGAUAACGUCCUUCCCGUGGACUCAGACCUGUUCCCCAACAUCUCCACCAACACUUCUGAGUCCAACCAGUUCGUGCAGCCUGCCUGGCAAAUUGUCCUUUGGGCAGUUGCCUACACGGUCAUUGUGGUGACCUCCGUGGUGGGCAACGUGGUGGUGAUGUGGAUCAUCUUGGCCCACAAAAGAAUGAGGACAGUGACCAAUUAUUUCCUGGUGAACCUGGCCUUUGCCGAGGCCUCCAUGGCUGCUUUCAAUACAGUGGUGAACUUCACCUACGCGGUCCACAACGAGUGGUACUAUGGUCUGUUCUACUGCAAGUUCCACAACUUCUUUCCCAUUGCUGCCGUCUUCGCCAGUAUCUACUCCAUGACCGCUGUGGCCUUCGACAGAUACAUGGCCAUCAUUCAUCCCCUCCAGCCCCGGCUGUCGGCCACCGCUACCAAAGUGGUCAUCUUUGUCAUCUGGGUCCUGGCUCUCCUGCUGGCCUUUCCCCAGGGCUACUACUCCACCACGGAGACCAUGCCUAGCAGAGUCGUGUGUAUGAUCGAGUGGCCAGAGCAUCCCCACAGGACUUACGAGAAAGCGUACCACAUCUGUGUGACUGUGCUGAUCUACUUCCUACCUCUGCUGGUGAUUGGCUAUGCAUACACUGUGGUAGGUAUCACACUGUGGGCCAGCGAGAUCCCUGGGGACUCCUCCAACCGGUACCACGAGCAAGUGUCUGCCAAGCGCAAGGUGGUGAAAAUGAUGAUCGUGGUCGUGUGUACCUUUGCCAUCUGCUGGCUGCCCUUCCACAUCUUCUUCCUCCUGCCCUACAUCAACCCAGAUCUCUACGUCAAGAAGUUCAUCCAGCAGGUCUACCUGGCCAUCAUGUGGCUGGCCAUGAGCUCCACCAUGUACAACCCCAUCAUCUACUGCUGCCUCAAUGACAGGUUCCGUGUGGGCUUCAAGCAUGCCUUUCGCUGCUGCCCCUUCAUCAGCGCUGGUGAUUAUGAGGGGCUGGAAAUGAAAUCCACCCGAUACCUCCAGACCCAGGGCAGCGUGUACAAGGUCAGUCGCCUGGAGACCACCAUCUCCACUGUGGUGGGAGCCCAUGAAGAGGAGCCAGAGGAAGGCCCCAAGGUCACACCCUCAUCCCUGGAUCUCACCUCCAAUGGCUCGUCUCGCAGCAACUCAAAAACCAUGACAGAAAGUUCCAGCUUCUACUCUAACAUGCUGGCCUAGGCAGCGGGCACAUGUCAAGGACACAGCCACCAGCCCAUCCUGUGUCUUGAUUCAUUUCUUCAUGGACGUCUUUGCUCUGGAAUCCAUUGGAAAUACCCUAACCCUGGAGCUUUUGGGAAGGGUCAUGAUGGUCUAAGGAAAACAUUCCAUGUUGUAUUCAGUCUGGAUUCCUUCCUGUCCUUGUCAACCAUCCUCCAUGAGCGUGACCCAAGGCAGAUCAGUGAGCAUCUAUAACAUGAGAAGGCUGGACUUGAUCCCCUGCUGUCAUCCCAUGAUUCCGGAAAUGACAUCAUCUGCAUGCAGCUGCUCAUGUAGGGAGGUAUUCUGCAGUAAUGAGUCCGACAGACCUAUUCACCUGGAGCUUCUGUCUUUCUUCAGUGAAGUCAUUCUCAGCCAUGUGCAGACUCGCCCCCACCACUGCAGCCUCCCACUAGACAGUGUGAAUAAGAGAGGGUGCCACAUAAGCCCUAAUGAAAGCUGUAUCUUCCAGCUAAGCACACAUGAAUAGAAGACACAUAUAUACCUUUUUGUGACAUCUCAAUAGUCAAUUCAUUUAAACAUCAUGGGAUUGACAACUUCGGGUUCUUCUGAAGCAUUGUGUCCCCAAUGCAACCAGUUCUGGCUGACUAUGUCUACAGUGGCCAGCUGAUGUGUAUUCUAACCAACAGCCAGGAUACCCAUGCCAGACUUGACCUAUCUGGGCCUCUUUCCUUUUUUUAUAAAGGAAUAGGGCUGAACCAAAUACUCUAAGUAUCCCUUUGAGUCUCAGUGUUUCCUGAUACAAUGAUGUAUACAUUUUGUUUUGCCUCUAUCUUAUCUUAUCUUAUCUUAUCUAUCUCUCUUUCCCACACACAUACACAUAUACACACAUAAACACAUGCAGAUAAAAAUUUAAAAAAACAACAAUGGCAAUCUCAGAAAUACUAGGAGUGGCAAUUCCUAGAGAUGAGUGUGUGUAAAUAUUCUCCAUUGAUUCAAAAACUCUGAUCCAAAAAUUCCUUCUCCAGAAAGGUUCUGGGGCUUCAUAGGAAACCUUGGAUCUCUCCAGCAGGCUGCAGUAAGCUGCAGCCCACCUCUGAGGACAGUGACGGAAGGUGUGUGAGCUUCCUGCGCUGGCUGCCCCUAUCUUUGUGCAGGGAUCAUAACUCAGAUUCUUCACUUUUGCUCCCUACAGUGUAGAGUGAGGAGGCU